AUGGAUGCUUCAGUGCCCGAGUCCCUCGCUGGCGAUUUGGGUCCAGAAUUUAAAAACGCCAAAUGUUUGAAUCUUUGUGAGCUUCAACUUAUUCUGGGCGAUCAGCUUCGCCUCUCCGUCGCAAGACCCGCAGAAGCCCACAACCUGAUUAAAGCCUCUUAUGAAUAUGCUUCCCGCUUUGGGAAAAUGACUGUCAGAACGGCAGUUGUCGAAAUCCGCAAGCAUUUAGAGCGCGAGGGCGACUUGCAGCAGUUCGAGCUGGCGUUGUUGGUUAACCUUCUGCCUCGAACGCCUGAUGAGGCCAAGGCUCAUAUCCCUUCUCUUAUUCGGUUGUCUGCGGCUCGCCUCUCGCGAAUCAUAGACACGCUUGAAGUAUUUAGGGUCCAUGCAUCCUGA